CUCCAGCCGCUGACGGAGGACAGUGAGCGCGGGAGGCGACGUGGACAGCGAAGGUGUCCCCGUAAGGCGACAGCCCCUGGAUCCCGGAUCCGAUCGCCUGCCUGCUCGCCGCCCGGAGGACUCCACUCCCGGGGAUUUAAUUUCGCCUAGUUUUGAGACGUCGCUUUUUUUCUUAAAAAAAGAAAUCGGGCGUUUGAAUUCGCGGAAUUUCACACACGACACACGUGACGUACUGGUGACUGUUUCUUUUUUCUGUUCCUCAGUCUUCUUCUUUCUUUCGGUUGUGGAGGAGGGUCGGGCGGGAGGUUACGGGGGAUUUUUCAUCGCUUCUCUAAAACACUGAUGUCAUGAUGCAAAAGUGAACGGGUGGAGUGGCCCGUGACACGACGCCGGGCUGCGACCCCACCCAUUGGACCCUAGUAGACUCUAGAGUGUCGGACCCCGCGACCGUCGGACGGGCGCUGCUGCACUUCCACUUCUAGGCGCGUAGCGAAGAUGCGCGUCCGCCACCGCGGCUCCCAUUUCAUAUACUAAAAAUCGGUAGUAUAUGAACUCAUAUCUGGUGAAAUAUCCACAGUCUUUGCAUUUCUCCCGUGUUUCCGGGUCGCCCCCCCCCUCCCUCCCCCAGGAUCCCCGUCAGUUCGCCUCCUGACGCCGCUCCCACAUUCAUGCGGUAGCCGGGUACAGUUUGGGGUCCAAGCGCAGGGUGAGGGUCCAGGCAAUGGCCACCUCGGGGGGACCCCGGGCUCCCAAGAGCGACAAGCUGGACGAAGCGCAGGCGCUGGCCAGGAACUGUGCCGGGAGACCCGACUUCCUGCCGUGCGACGGGCUCUCCAUCUGCGCCACACACAGCCAUGGAAAGUGCUUCAAGCUGCACUGGUGCUGCCACCUGGGAUGGUGCCACUGUAAAUACGUGUACCAGCCCAUGACCAGUGUGUGUCAACUGCCCAGCACUGCGGUGCCGGCAGCCCCGUCCGACUAUGCAGACAGCAACACGCUCGACCUGUCCGCCUCAUUGGCUGAGCGAUUCCUCAGGACCGCCCCUUGCUUCCAGGCUCCGCCCUGCCCCGAGUCGCCCAAAUACUGUGUCAUUGCCGACCUCUUCAUCGACGACUACAUUGUAAAGCGCAUCAAUGGAAAGAUGUGCUACGUGCAGCGGCCCCCACCCCCUACUCCGGCACCGCCCACUCCGCAGUCGGCCCCCCAGCUCCCACCGGGGCCAGCAGGUGAUGCAGCAGUUGGCGAGUACAAGCAGGACCCCAGCCCCGGGAACAAGGUCAGUGGGCCCAAAAUGGACCACUGCUCGUCGCCAUCCAGCUCAGAGGACUCUGGGAUCAAUGCACUGGGUCUGCACUACAUGGAGUCGUGCGAUGAGGAUUCAGAGGAGGAGGAAGAGGACGAUGAGGAGUUGAGCACCGACGGAGACUCAUACCCUGCCAGCCUCUGGGACCAGGACGAGUGUUCGCUGCUGUCCCCCUCCAAGUCCACAGUGGAGAUCAUUGAAAAGAUCGAAACAACUGUGUGACACCCCCACUCCUCCGACAACCCCAACCAUCUCCCAGAACCCACCACAGUCCAUGUCCCCUGGCAGGACAAUUGAUAGAUGUCACGUGUUUGAUUCCAGGACCACUGGAUUUGGAUCAGAACCCGCAGGGCCUGCCAUACCGAGUCACAAACACUGACAUGUAGAGCAAGAGCCAAGAUCCACCAAGAAAAGCUCGGGGCGGCAGCUUAUCCCACAAUCCUCAGCAUGGCCUGCAAGACAGGGAAUGCCAGCAUCGUCCUGCAUCUCCAACCAGUAGUCAGAAUUCUUGUGGACACACACACACACACACACACACACACACACACACACACACACGCACUCACGCACUCACGCACGCACGCACGCACGCACGCACGCACACGCACACACGCAUGCACACACUGACUGUAUUUAGCCAGAUGUAGUCAAAAGACUGUUUUAAAUACAGCCCUCGGGGGGCUGAAACUGUGGCUUUCAGCCGCAGCUGGAAGUUCUUGCCAGGAGAGAAGGCCCUAAUGAGAGAUGACAUUUCAGUGCAAGAGGAAAUAAGAGGAGCUUGAAAGGGAGGUGUGAGGCAACCACAUUGUAGCCAUUGCAUUGAAACCCGGGCUAAAUCAUGCAUGAGUUCAGGAGGCGCUAAUGAGGCACUGGGACACGAGGAUGCCGACGCUCAGCACCGCCAGCCACAGCUCCCUGGGGGACAGUGGCAGGUGGCUUGUAGAACCUGUGUGGUGGCCUACCUUGCACCUCUCAUGACCAAUCAUACAAGAGCACAGCCACCAUGGCCACGCCCACUCGGCAGUCCACUGUCGUCUCACAGGUUUACGGCGUGCCUGCACAAAACGAGCUUUUUAAAGGGCCAUACAAAGCGGCUGCUGAUGCCUGACAAUCACCGCAUUUCGAAAAGAAGCACCAGACUCUCUUGCAUGCAGAUAUAUGAACGUGAGCCACUUGGUGGUGGUCCAGCAUAUGCAGCUGUGUAGUUUUAAGACUUUCUCUGAAAGCACUUUCUUCAGGGUAGCACGGUAUAAAUAUUGUGCUGUGUCCUCCUGCUCAGGACCACGUAGGUGUCCGUGAGGUCAGUUCCUGCACAUUUUGUGAGUGCUGGCUGACCAGGACCACCUUGAUCAUGUAUGGUCUUUCUGAAGGAGAGUGGACCCAAGACCCUGAACACAGAUAAGCUGUAGUAUCGAAAGGAAGUGGUUGCGGGAGCAGCAGUCCACUUAUCUGGGCAACUGUGCUUAAAGAUUCUAGCCAAAGAGGCUCUCUGACUAAGCGGUCCACUGCCAUGAUGCCCCCCUUGAUACAGAAGAAUGACACUUAUUAUUGCAGCCACCCAUACUUGAGCACAGACCCUGGCACAGCACAAGGACAGACCCCAGCCGCCUGAACCGACUCUGAUCCAUGGAAAGGAGCUGCAGAAGCUCUGAAAUAUUCAGGAAUGGAGGGUCCAUCGGAACCUGGAUGGAGCUGUAAGCACAGGAGAACCCUAACCCCAGAAAACACCCCCAACCCAUGAAACAUGGAAAAGAAGGACAAAAUGUGGAAGUUAAAAUUCUGUCUUGUCUGUUGUAACCUCCAUUUUAAGGGAAAUUAAUGAAAAUAUAAACUUAUAGAUGCACACAUAUGAUAUGUCACGCCUCUGCUUUGGUUGUGCUAA